GGGAGUCUAUGACAGCGGGGAUUCUCUUGUGUGAGACAGCGAAGGUCGGCAAGGGUUGUAGGAACUGCAAGCUCGUUGGCGUGUCUCUCGUGGCGGCCGUAGAUGUCUUCGGUGCAGGUCGUGGUAGAACAGUGGACGUGCAGUCUGGGCGGUCAAAGUGACACUGCGUACCAGCCCACAACGCUCUGCCGCGCCUGCGAUGGCGGGUACUCUGGCGUUCACUCCAGUAUGCAGUAUGCACGGGGACAGCUUAAAUUGUGCUGUCGCAGGCAAAGUGAGCCUGAAACAGCGCUCGAGACAGAAUCAAUGCAGGAAGGAGUUGUCUGGAGUGCCCAGAAGGCGCACUACUCGCCAGUCACUGAAGUGACGGUCGCAAUUUGCACUGGCUGUGAGUAACACGACCUUCAAAGACACGCGUAGUACACUAAGCUCCCUUCGCCCGUAAUACCAACUCGGCCCCAUUCAAUCACGUACCGUCAUGAGGACAAGGAGCGCGAGGGUUUGAUGAAGGGUGCUCGUUGGUUGUAUGAUGUUGUUGAUGGAA